AUGGCCGGAGGCGUCCCAGGCGUCGCCGCCGGCGGCAGCGACAACGACGCCAUCAUUGCCACGCUCGUCGCUAACGAUCCCGUGAAAUGGUGGAACAAGCCGAAUCUCCGGCGCCUCUACCUUCUGCUCGUCCCGUUCUGUUUCUUCAUCGAGUCGACGUCGGGCUUCGACAGCUCCAUGAUGAACGGCAUGCAAGCGCUGAAGUACUGGAAGGACUACUUCGGUGACCCCAAAGGGGGCGAGCUGGGAUUGCUGGUGGCUUGUUACAAUCUAGGCGCUCUGACGAGUAUUCCCUUCAUCUCGAUUGUGUCGGAUCAUGUGGGACGGAGGUGGAGUAUUGUAUUCGGCUCCGUCAUCAUGAUCAUCGGCGCGAUUAUGCAGGGCCUCUCCGUCAAUCUCGCCAUGUUCAUCUUCUCCCGCAUCUUCCUCGGCCACGGCAUCGUCUACGCCAUCGUCGCCGGCGCCGCCCUGCUGGGAGAACUGGGCCAUCCACGGGAACGUGCCACGCUAGGCGCCUUGUUCAAUGCCUCCUACAGCAUCGGCGCCGUCAUCGGAGCUGGAAUCGUGGUUCGGACCCUCCUCAUUCCAAACGACUGGAGCUGGCGUCUCCCCUCCUUACUACAAGCCUUACCCUCCGUCCUGCAAAUCACCUUCGCCUUCACGGUCCCUGAAUCCCCGCGUUGGCUCAUUUCCAAGGACCGACAGGAAGAAGCAUUGAAAAUCCUGAUCAAAUACCAUGCUGAAGGAGACGCAUCCCAGGAACUCCCGCACGUCGAAUUCGCCGAAAUCAAGCGCGCUCUGGAAAUGGAAAACGAAUCCCGUCGCCGCGGUUGGGUCGAGCUGUUCCAGACGAAAGGGAUGCGACAUCGGUCCUUUGUGGCUGCGAGUCUGGGGCUGUUCGUACAGUUCUCCGGGAACAAUCUCAUUUCGCAGUAUCUCGUUCCCAUAUUGAAGAAGAUCGGGAUUACCGAUUCGCACACCCAGGUGCGAUAUAAUGUCGGUACGCAGGCGUGGGCGCUCCUCGUUGCGGUCUUGAUGGCGAAUAUCACGCCUAGGUUUCCGAGGCGGAGAAUGUAUUUGCUGUGUGCGGCGUGCUUGACUUGUGUUUAUACUGCGUGGACAAUAGCGCAGGCGAGGAAUCGUAUCACAGGGUCGAAAGCAAGUGGAUAUGCCGUGUUGGUGUUCAUCUUCUUGUACCAGCCGGCGUACUGUAUCGGAUACAAUGCCUUGACAUAUGUCUACAUGGUGGAGAUCUUCCCGUACUAUGUACGGACGAAGGGCUUGUCCUGGUUCCAGCUAUGGGGCCGCGCAGCGGUCAUGUUCAGCAGCUUCGUAAACCCCAUCGGACUGGAGAAUGCGGAUUGGAAGUACUUGAUCGUAUACGUCUGCUGGCUCUGUCUCGAGAUUAUCAUCAUUUACUGUAAGCAUGACCUCUGCCAGAAAAUCUCGGAUUCGCUGUUUUUUUUCUUCCCCGAAACCUACGGCAAGACACUGGAAGAAUUGACGUUCCUUUUCGAAAGCGAAGAUGAAAAGGCCAAGUUUGCCAGCGCUGCGCACAAGGUAUUGGAUAAUCCCGGGGUCGCAAUGGAGCUCCAUGAGCAGCCGGACAAGAAGGCUUAGUCGUCUGGUGCACUGAUUCAUGUUGAGAUGCGAGGCAAUGGUUGUGUAGCAUGAGAAUUCGAUAGCAGGAGAAUCCGUAUCCUGGAGGUUAUCAUGAAAUCUGGAUGUUGAUUUGU